AUGGGAGAUGACGACGAAAACGCCGGCCGGCGAGCGGAGGCAUGCGGGAAAACGGGCCGAGCAGCCGACCAAAGUUCAUUAUACGUUUGUCGAAGACGCGUGGAGAAAUCAGCUGACAGCAAGGAAUUUGCAACAGCAACCACAUACAUACACAUUGCAGCGACAUCUUCAAGGAUAAUACGGAAAACCGAGCAGCAAAAAAGGUUUACCGUGAGAGCCACGUGUACCAAGCUGAUGCCACUAGAAGCAUGCGGAAGGAAAGACGGUAGGAUAAGAGGGAAAGUGAAAAUCGGCCCGGGUCCACUCGCUGUCUGUAUCGAAAGAGAAACAGAAGCAACAGCGGUGGACUCGUUACGCAAUGGACUCGUUCUUGCGCCGCCGAAAGCGAAAGCCACAUCGGAAGACAGCAGCUUAGAUCGCGAUAGUGAAAGUGAAGAGCUGGGAGAAAGCCGCGGUGGACCCGUUCAUGCAACAAGGACACCGUGCCCAUGUCGAUCUGAACAGAUGAUUACGGAAUUCAAAAAAGCUGUUGAUCGGUUAUCGUUGAAACGAUCUUCUGAUAAGCGUGGAGAAGUGCCGCAGGCACCAAAUCAUGGGAUAAACUUCUAA